UUCAUCAUUUACUUGAAAUAUAUGAGAUUGAGAUGGAGCUUAUUAAUUGGCGUAUUGGCCCUCUAAAGGAAGAGAGUAAAUCGAGAAUUAGAAAAGGAUUUCAAGAAGCCACAGGUCACGAUCUUGAAUGGCUUUCACUAAAAAACAAAAUUUACAGUUUCAAAAAACUUUAUGAUGUUUAUUGUCGUCUGAUCGAAAAAACUGGAGUUGGACUUGAUCCCACCACUCUAGCUAUUGACAUGAACGACUCAUGGUGGAAUGAACGUAUUAAGGAAACACCAAUUGCUUCAAAGCUCCGAGCAAAUCCUCUUAUCGACCUUGAUAUAUUGGAUCGGCUUUUCAGUACCAAACACAUCAAUUCAGAUCAUAUAGCUAGUAAUAUAGCUGAAGAAGAUUCUGAUUCAGAUGAAGAAUUAUAGCAAAAUGAUACUCCGAUGCAGUAUAUGGAAGGGA